CAGCUCUCAGACACCUACACUACUCACUCACAUCUUUACACCCAACCUUAAUCUGGGAAGCAAACUGCCCUCCUCAUCAAUCCUAGCACCCAGACAUCAUACCCACCCCCAUCUGCCAUAACAUACAGCGCAAGCAAGCACCCCUCCCUGCCCUCCCCAUCCUGCAGCUCAGACACCUGGUCCCAUUUAGCCCUAAAUCCAAAGCACUCCUCCAGCCCACUGCACUCCUCAAGCCCAUGCACCUUCCAUGCAAAUCUCCACCCGUGGCACAGCCCUCUACUCUCAGCACUCCUCCCCCCUCCAAACCUCCACCCAUCAGCUGUCUCCAAACUGCAUCUGUAACCACUGAGAGGCACCUGUACUCUCUGAGAUCCUUUGGGAGAAUCCUUCAGAGACAGACAGAAAGUGAAACAAUGUUUACAAACAGACCUUCUAAGACAGGGUGAAAGAGGAACACUAACAACUUGGGCCAAAAAUAUUCAGAAUAGUUUUGUAGAAGGUAACUGAAACCUCAGCAUGUAAGAUUUAGUGCUCCUGAUAAAUUAGGCAAUUCUAUUGCAAAUAGGCUGCAAAGAGACAAGCUAAGGUCCAGUCCAAUGAAGAGUAGUAGGCUGUGUUCCUCUUCAUUGCCAUGAAAUUGUGAGGACCAGACUAGAGGCACAAAUCUCAUGGUGUGUGGGAAGGCAACUCGAAAGAAUCCCAAGGGUUGGAUGAAAUAUAUGUGAGACCGGCUCAUGCAUGUUCAGCGGAGGAACAUUUGGGUUUUCUGAUGGAGGGUGCUACAUGGGAGACUGGCAGGAGGGCAGAGCACAUGGUUAUGGCGUGUGUAAAGGCCCUACAAAACAGGGUGAAUACAGUGGUCUCUGGAGCAAUGGCUUUGAAUCUCUUGGAGUAUACACUUGGCCCAGUGGAAACACAUACCGUGGAUAUUGGGACCAGGGCAAAAGGAAUGGGUUAGGUGAGGAGCACAAAGGUCGCUGGUUGUAUCGAGGAGAGUGGACACAUGGCCUGAAAGGGAGGCUCGGAGUGAGAGAGAGCCUGUCUGGAGCACGUUAUGAGGGACUAUGGACAGAUGGUCAACAAGAUGGAUAUGGCGUUGAAACAUAUUCAGAUGGAGGUACAUAUCAAGGCCAAUGGUUGUCUGGCAAACGACAUGGAUAUGGUGUGCGUCAGAGUGUCCCAUACCACCAAGCUGCCCUCCUGCGCUCCCCUCGUACUCCAACACUCAGUUCUAUGCCUCAUUCUCCUGGUCCCCACUGCCCCACAGUAACCGGCCUCCUUCCUGGAAGUCCGGCCUCUGGUUCUCGUGGGGGCUUUGUCCUUAAAGUCCGAGGCGUUGGUUCCGAACUACCUGGAACUGGGGGCAAUGGGAAACCCAAGAAAAGAGGUUUCUUCUUCACACGCUCACUUAUCCUCAAUAGCUUUCGGCUGAAUCGUAGCUCAGAUUCCAAGAACACUUCUGGGGGUCGGGACAGCCAACGAAGCUCAUUGAGGAGUGAAACACGGGGGGCUGGGGGAUCCUUUAGCUCUAGUGCCAGUCAAGAUGGUUCCAGCCCCAGUGUGGCAGAGACAGAACCAGAGCUACCAAUUGCUGCCUGGGAAACUGAAACAUAUGCAGGUGAAUGGAGGGGGGAUCGUCGCAGUGGGUAUGGGGUCAGCCGGCGGUCAAAUGGACUUUGUUAUGAGGGAGAAUGGCUGCGGAAUCGGAGGCAUGGUUAUGGAAGGACAACUUAUCCAGAUGGCUCUCGAGAAGAGGGCAAAUAUAAAAUGAACAUGCUGGCCAGUGGCAAGGUCAAGAGCCUGUUUCCUCUACGAAGGGGGAAAGGGAGAGAGAAAGUGGAGAGAGCAGUGGAGGCUGCAAGGAGAGCAGAGGGAACUGCAAAACAGAAGCAGGAGAUGGCAGUGGCCAGUGCAGCUGAUGCCCAUCUUCAAGCUGAAUCUGCUUCAGUUGCCGCUCAGCAGGCACUGGAAGCUUCUCAUGCUGCCCGGAUCCUGUCCCAUGACCUGGAGGAGCUUCUGGAGCAGCCAAGUCCGUUAUGUGUCCAGGAAGGGGAAGACCAAGUAGCUGAGGGUGGGUUGCCUUGGCUGAAGCAACGUCCCCCUGAGUUGUGUCAAGAUGGAACCCCUUUGUCUGACCAAACCCCAGAUCCCAGUUUACCUCCAAGUCACCCUGACACCCCUCCAGGUCCUACAUGCUGCCAGUUGCGAGAAGGAACUCCAUGCCCUCCCAUCCAGGAAGAAGAAAGCCCUCCUGAGAUGGAAACACCAACCCAUGCACCUGGUAACUCAGAGGAGCAAGACCUCCCACAAAUCCUUCCGGACAGUGGACUAAGUGACCCCACACCUAGCACAGAAUGCAUGGAGGAAGCUGUGGACUUUGGGGGGGAAAUGGAACCCCCCCUAAAAUCACGUAUGCAAAAGGAUGCUGACCCUGUUGUGGUGGCUCUCGUGCUGUUCCUUGAUUUUUCGCUUGCAUUUCUCAUCUCAUAUUUUCUGACAUGAUGAGAUGAAGAAGUGUCCCUUAUCUUGUGCACAAUCUGUCUUUUCUCGCUUUCUCUCUCCUUUUCUACCUCUUUAUCCCUAAUGUUUACAUAUAAAGGGCUUUCUCUAUCUGUCACAUUCUCUCACUAUUUGGACUGAAUCUUUUUACAUGUAAAAAAUUAUCACAGGUUUUAUCUGAAUUCCCCUUCUAGACUAGAUUAGAAUAUUUUGAGAUAAAAAGUCUAAAUAUACGAUAUUCGGUCCUUUUUCUAUCUCUCUCCUUGUUUUCUCUCUUUCUCUGUUCCAGUCUCACUGUCUCUCUCUGUUUCAGUUUUUUCUCUCUUUUUUUUUCUCUCUAGCUGUUUCUUUCUCUCAUGGUUAUUCACUAAAGUGAGAACUGUCAGGAAAUCAAAGUGAAUUUCAAAUGUAAAGGGUUUCUCCAACGUCCAUGAUCACUCGUACUUUGAGAAGUGGUCAUGGAGGAAGGAAUCUGGAUGUGCAGUAUUCCAGACUGCCAAAUGUCAAUUUUGUGCAAAAUUUAAAUCUGUUGUCCAUGCACCUAGAAGGCUGGUAACAAAUGUUCUUUCCUCCAUCCCUUCUCGUUUUCCUAUCCAAUACCUCUCCCCUUCCGAGCUCAGAGCAUCUGCAUGCACUCUGAACCAGUAAGAUGGUCCAAUCCAAGGCUCCUCUAUGAGAAGCCUUUGAUUUGACUGCACUUCAGACAAGGGCAUUCUGAGCAAGACCAGGAACUUCACUUGGCAUUGGAUUCCGGGUAAGUAAAAGCUUAUUUAAUUAAUUUUAUAAGUGUUUGUGUGAGUGUGGAUCGGGGGACCUAAAGAAUAAUGCCCAAUUGGGCAUUAGUCGGUUUAAAUAAAACCUUAAUGUAAUAGUGUUUUCAGUCAAGCCAAAUUUGUUUUCAAAAAAAUCAUGAAGUCCGAUAUGCUUUCAGUUCAGCUAUUUUGAAAUCACUUUGAUUUCUGGCAAUUCUCACUAUAGCGAAUAACUCUGUCUGUCUCUGUUCCAAGCACUGUUUCUCUCUCUCCAUAUAUCUCUGCCUCUCUCUUUCUUUCAGUCUCACUCAGAAACAAUCUCGUUAAUCCCAUUACAUUGACAAUAUGGACUAUGACUGUUGAAUACCCAUUUCCUUUGAACCUUUUCUUUCUUUUCACUUCUCUGCCACUGCUUCCCAUUGUAGGCUCUAUUUAGCUUUUUCUGUCACACCCUCUCCUGAGAGCACACCUAUAUGGAAUGCCAUCCAGUUAAUUAUAUUUGCAAGUUUUUUUCAUUGCGGAAUUUAAAAAGACCCCACCUCUGUUCCUGAAUUGCACCUUAAUCCCCUCACCCCUCCCUUGCAUCACACACCCACCCUCCUGGAUUGCCUCUAUUCUGCUCCUUUUCAAAUUCAUCCCUAGCACUAUACUUCCCCUAAACUUUGUCCUAAUUUACGCUAUACCCUAUGCUUCCCUUGACUUGUGCUUUAUACCCUUUUCAGAGCAUGCACUACAUUCCUAUUUUUGUAGCAGUAUUUUGCCUUUUCUUGAACCUGGAAGAUGCAAAAAAGAAAACGAAACAAAAACCUGAUCUAAUAAAAAUGA